CUGAGCAACACUACCAGUCGCCGCGAGGAAUCACUAGGUCGAGCGGCGCAUCGGAAGGAAGUUGCGGCGAGGACGGCGAAGACUCCUAGGGCGAACGGCGAGGACGGCGAAGACUCCCCAAAACCACCCCCGCUACCCCAAUUGCAUUACAGAAGUCUACUCCGCCGUUUCUGCAUCGUUUCCUCCCUUUGCAAGCUUUCGAUUCCCUUCGUUUCCCAUGCCAAAGCUUCGUACUUUCCCCUGCAACUCAUUCACUCUUCAUCUCCGCUUCCCAGGUUAAUUUUGUGCAAAUCCUCCCUAGAUGAUGACCAAGAAGAAAUACCUGAAGCAGACACUGAGGUGGACCUGGAAUUUGAUGAGUCUGAUGGAGAGGAUUACGAGUUUGACGUCGAUGAGUUCGAACAGGAAGCUAAAGUUGCAGUUAGGGAGUACUCUUCGUCCUUAUCCCGUGAAUUGAUAAUCGACGAUGAGGCUGAUACCAGAAAGGAAUCUAGGAAGCAGAGGAGGAGGAAGCUCACAGUGAAAGAGAUUCCAGAUCAUUUUCUCUCUAAGGUAGCCAUUGUUGGGAGACCGAAUGUUGGGAAAUCAGCAUUGUUUAACCGCCUUGUUGGGGAGAACAAGGCUAUUGUGGUGGAUGAACCUGGAGUUACUCGUGAUCGUCUCUACGGAAGAUCCUUUUGGGGUGAUCAUGAGUUCAUGGUGGUGGAUACCGGAGGAGUAAUCACUGUGUCGAAACCAAAAAAUGAGGUUAUGGAUGAACUUGCUAUCACGACGACCAUUGGCAUGGAAGGAAUUCCGCUUGCCUCUAGGGAAGCUGCGGUUGCCAGGAUGCCCUCAAUGAUCGAGAAACUAGCAACUGCUGCUGUGGAGGAAUCCUCUGCCAUUAUAUUCCUUGUUGAUGGACAGGCAGGCCUAACAGUAGCUGAUGUGGAGAUAGGAACAAUAAUUAACUUUCAUCCUACCUUGUGCUCUUCUUUGUGUUUCAGUUCAGGACAUGGGAAAAGGGCCGUCGUGGCUUCUUCAGGUAGCACCACAGAGGCAUUAUCAGUGAACCGAGCAUUUCGAACAAUUCGGCGUUCUGAUGUUGUUGCUCUUGUCAUUGAGGCCAUGGCAUGCAUCACAGAGCAGGAUUUUAAAAUAGCUGAAAGAAUUGAGAAGGAAGGUAAAGGCUUCCUGAUAGUUGUGAAUAAAUGGGACACCAUACCAAACAAAAACCAGAAGACUGCAGUGUACUACAAACAAGACGUGCUAGACUCUCAAUCCAGUUAA